UCCAAAGUCGAAACCGAAAUAAGCCCUCGUCCACCCCGACCUUCUUCUCCACCUCCCUCUUGCCGAAGCAAACAUCCACACUCUCCCCGUCGCGGCCACCUCGCCGCCGGCACGCGCCGCGCCGCGCCGGCCGUCACGUCGCGGCCGUAUCUUUUGCUCGUCGUCGCGCCGCCCCGUUUCAUCGAACAGCGGGGCAGCGGGAGCCGGAGGUAGGAUUCGCUCACUCGCGCGGGCGGCCGGAGAGGAGACCCGUGGGCACGGCGUGGGCGGCGGCGGCAUCCUCCUCUUCCCCGACCCCUGCCCUAGCCUCCUCCUCAUCGCGCGCGCGGCCGGCGAGCGGGUUUGGAGGGGGCGACGCGGGCGACCUCCUCCCGCCGGGGCGUCCUACCUAGGUUCGAAUCGCAUACUAGCUUGUGUUUCCGAAAAAAAUUGGGGGUUCAGUUGAACCCCCAUGCCCGACAUUAGGUCAGCCCCUGGGCGGGGCAAGUCCGACGAGGACGAGCGGCGGCCGAUUGGGUCGUUGUUUAAACUCAAGAGGAAGCGCAGGGCACCGGGUUCGGCGGAAGCCAAGGGGGAUUCAAACCCUAGCGUGGAAUCGGAGGCUCCCGAUGGUGUGGUGCCAGGGGAGAUGGAUGAUACCUUGGCUAUUAUAAAGAGGAAAUUGAGGAAGCCUAAGAAGGGCAAAGAAGGGGGUGAUGCUGUGGUGGUUGGAUCUGGAGCCGAAGGCGAGCUCCUGGUGGAGGAAGAAGAUGUGCAGGGUGGUGUUAAUGUUGGUGAUGGUGUUGCAGAGGAUAAGAGCAAUCUGGAAGGUGUGAAAGUAGAGGUUGAUGAAGUCAUUGGGGGUGAGUUGAAGGAUUCAGGUGGUCUAGGGUUGGAGGACUCCUUGUCGACGCUGUUUAAGAGAUCUGGUCGAAAGUCUCGACAGGUCUCUGUGAAGGAGGAAGAAGGUGUGGAAGUUGCUGGUUCACAUGGUGAGGAAAUUCUUGAGAAGGGAUCUGGUUUGGUUUCGGAUAGGGUUGCCAAGGGCACUAAACGGAGAAGGCGACGCACAAAGGAAGAAAUGAAAAAUGCUGCUGCAAAAUCUGAAAGUGCAAUGGCCCAUGAAGGAUCGCCCAAUCGGAAAGUUGGCACCUCCUUGCCUAGAAAGGCAAAGGCAGAGGCAAAGGUGAAGAUUAGUAAUUCCAAUAGGCGCUCAAAGAAGUCUGAUGAGAAACCGAAGGCUUCAGAUGAUGUGUUAUGUCACCGAUCAUUGGGAGAAACAAUUGAACAAGACGCGGAGACCAGGACAGUACUGGAUGAUGGAUCUAGAAACUCAUCUGAUGGGGCCAGUCAUCGCAUUGAAGUUUCAGCUUGUUUAAGCAAUCAGCCUUGCUUGAAACCUUGCUCAGGAGAGCUUGCUGAAGAAGUGUCUCUUAGUGCAGCAAAUGCAGCCACUGAUGGUGUUUCUAAUGAACACACAUAUUCCGAAACAUUAUUGAAGGAAAGAAAUGAUGAUGCAGGUUGUUCCCAUGGCAAGCCACCGACAUUAGCCAUAAAAAGCAUACCUGGUAAAAAACCAAUAGAGAUGCCCAAGAAACCUGUCCGACAAAAGGAUCAGUUAUUAUCUACUGAUGUUGACAAUAAAUGCGUGGUGGGCUCAGGUGACACUAAAGAUGUCAAUAUCGAAAAUCAGCCAGCUUUUGGGAUCCCUGAGUCCCAUGUGACUGGGAAGGGCUUGCAUCCUCAUAAAAUGGCAACAUCUGUGAAAGAGCUGGAUGUAGUUGACGUGGUAGCACCCACAGAUUUCGAGGACAUGGAGAAUGCAUCAAAAUCAAAGCGUGUGACACGUAGCUCCAGAAAACGCAAGCAUGGUGACAUGGCAUAUGAGGGUGAUAUUGACUGGGAAACUCUAAUGCAGGAGCAGGGGCUGUUCUCAAACCUCUCAGCAGCCUUAGUAGAUUAUCCUCUCAAAUCAAAAGACAAAAUCAAAAUCUCGGAAGUUCUCGACAAUGGAGAUGGUAGCGGUGUUGCUGCAGUGCGUGCUGGCCUAAAGGCAAAGGCUGUUACUCCAAUUGAAAAGAUAAAAUUCAAGGACAUAUUGAAGCGCAGGGGUGGCCUUCAGGAAUACCUGGAAUGCAGGAACAUGAUUCUAAGUCGAUGGUGCAAGGAUGUUAAACAUAUAUUGGAUCUUGCAGAGUGUGGUGUAUCUGAUGUUUGUUUGGAUGACGAGUCACCACGUCAAACACUUAUACGUGACGUGUAUUUAUUCUUAGAUCAAAAUGGUUACAUAAAUGCCGGAAUCGCCUCAGAUAAGGUGAAAACAGACCAUGAAAGUCCUCCUGAAGAUGUAGAAGUAUCCAAGCUAAAUGAAUCACAUGAAAGGAAAUCUGUCAGUAUUCAAGAUUGCAUUGUCACUGAAGCAGUCCAGGAUAAGAAAGCUGUUGUUAAACAGACUGAUUGCGUUUUGACAGAAGCAUCAAAUGAAGAGAGUAGCUCUGCUGCCAUUCACUGUGAUGCUCAAGACUUGCUGCCUCCCUUGAAGUCCGAAGAGCUGAUAUUCAAGGAAAAGAAUCAGGGUGUAUUAACUGAAGGUAGAGAUGAAUCAGCACUUCCCAGCAAUUCCGAUAUCCACUCUAAGUCUGACCUUGAUGGUUUCAUUUUAAAAGUUGAAGGUGGCAGUCUUCAUCAAGCAGAAGCAGCUGAUAUAGAACAUUCUGAAAACAAACAUGAAGCAAGUGAUAGAGUUGAAUCUGGUGGGUAUGGAAAAAAGAUAAUAGUUGUUGGGGCUGGUCCAGCUGGCUUAACUGCUGCACGACAUUUGCAGCGCCAAGGUUUUUCUGUCACUGUUCUUGAGGCACGUAAUAGGAUUGGCGGUCGUGUUUAUACAGAUCGUGUGUCUCUUUCAGUUCCUGUGGAUUUGGGUGCUAGCAUUAUUACAGGUGUGGAGGCUGAUAUAGCAACAGAAAGAAGGGCUGAUCCAUCAUCUUUGAUAUGUUCUCAGCUUGGUCUUGAACUGACUGUGUUGAACAGUGCUUGCCCUCUCUAUGAUGUAGUAACUGGCGACAAAGUUCCUGAUGAUUUGGAUACAGAUUUGGAAUCUGAAUACAAUGGUCUUCUUGAUGAGAUGGCACAGCUUUUUGCACAAAAUGGUGAAAGUGCAGUGGGUUUAUCCCUUGAGGACGGAUUAGAGUAUGCACUUAGGAAGAAUCGUGUGACUCGAUCUGAACAGGAUGAUCAGUUAAGAAAUGUAUCUAGUGCUGGAGCUGUAGACAUUUCUGAAAGUGCUUCCACAGAAAAGGAGAUAGCCCACUGUGGAAAGGAGGAUAAGACAGAUGUUCUCAGCCCCCUUGAAAGAAGAGUUAUGAACUGGCACUUUGCACAUUUGGAAUAUGGUUGUGCUGCAAUGCUCAAAUCCGUUUCUCUUCCAUAUUGGAACCAGGAUGAUGUGUAUGGAGGGUUUGGAGGAGCUCAUUGCAUGAUUAAAGGUGGCUACGACACAGUUCUAGAGAGCCUUGCAAAAGGACUUGAUGUUCAGUUAAAUCAUGUUGUAACUGAAGUACUUUAUGGAUCUGAGGAACUAGGUGCCAGUGGUAAUAGCAGGAAAUUUGUCAAAAUUUCCACUUCAAAUGGAAAUGAAUUUGUGGGAGAUGCUGUGCUGAUCACUGUUCCUCUUGGUUGCUUGAAAGCACAGACAAUUAAAUUUUCUCCUUCGUUGCCAGACUGGAAAUUGUCUUCUAUUGACAGGCUUGGAUUUGGUCUUCUCAAUAAAAUUGUCUUGGAGUUUCCUGAGGUCUUUUGGGAUGAUAAUGUGGAUUAUUUUGGUGCAACUGCUGAACAAACUGAUUUAAGAGGACAAUGCUUUAUGUUUUGGAAUCUCAAAAAGACAGUUGGGGUACCAGUUCUGAUAGCACUACUUGUUGGGAAGGCUGCUAUAGAUGGACAGAGUAUCAGUUCUGAUGAUCAUGUUAAGAAUGCUAUAGUGGUUCUCCGUAAGCUCUUUAAGGAUGCUUCUGUACCAGAUCCAGUUGCAUCUGUUGUGACAAACUGGGGACUUGAUCCUUUUAGCAGAGGAGCUUACUCUUAUGUUGCAGUAGGAGCAUCGGGAAGGGACUACGACAUUCUAGGAAGGCCUGUUUCAGACUGUUUAUUUUUUGCUGGUGAAGCAACAUGUAAAGAACACCCAGAUACUGUUGGUGGUGCAAUUUUAAGUGGUCUUCGAGAAGCUGUUCGGAUCAUUGACUUGGUACACAGUGGUAAGGAUUAUGUGGCUGAGGUUGAAGCUCUACAAACUUACCAAAUGCAGUCAGAUAGUGAAAGAAAUGAAGUUAAAGACAUGUCAAAUAAACUUGAUGCAUGUGAACUUUCAACUGCUCUGUGCAAAACCUCAUCUGAUGCAUCCUAUCCACUAUUUAGCAAGGAGACUUUACUGCAAGAAAUGUUCUUUAGUGCAAAAACAACAUCAGGGCGUCUACAUUUGGCUAAAGAGUUAUUGAAGCUUCCUCCAGAUGUUCUGAAAUCAUUUGCCGGGUCUAAAGACGGACUAUCUACGCUGAACUCAUGGAUACUUGAUUCUCUUGGGAAAAAUGCUACUCAACUGUUGCGACAUUGUGUACGCUUGCUUCUGCUUGUUUCAACCGACCUGCUAGCUGUUCGCUUGUCUGGAAUUGGGAGAACUGUAAAGGAAAAGGUUUGUGUCCAUACAAGUCGAGAUAUACGUGCUAUAGCUCGUCAGUUGGUUAGUGUGUGGGUAGAAGUUUUCCGUAAAGAAAAGGCUAGCAAUGGUGGACUCAAAUUGCUGCGUCGCAUGCCAUCAACUGAAUCCAGUAAGCCCAGGAGUAAGGAUCUACUGUCAGGAAAGCCUAUUGUACGUGCGCCAAAUCAAGUUUCAUUUAACCCUAAAGUUGCUUCAAAGAAUGCAAGAUCUGCUGGAAACCAUUCACCACACACAGCAAUCAAGAAGCCUGAGAACAAGGCUGCAAAACUGGAGGCUAUGACGGCUACCAGGUCUGAUGGUAGUUCGCUUCGUUCCCAAAAGCAACAACAUGCUCUAGAACCUAAAGUUGAUAAUGGCCUAGCUAUGUCUGAAGAAGAAGCUGCUGCAUUUGCUGCUGCCGAGGCUGCUCGAGCUGCUGCCAUAGCAGCUGCACAGGCGUAUGCAUCUGUAGAGGCAGAGAUAAAUGCACCUCGUGAACUUCCAAAGAUACCAUCAUUCCAUACUUUUGCAAUGCGUGACCAUUAUUUGGAUGAGUCUGAUACAAGAAAGAAGGUGUUAAGUGACAACCUUGUGAGACUUGAGUGCAUAUCAGAAAUUGAUUCCAGGAAUGACAAAGCUAAGAACCCAUCAGUUGACCAUGCCAAUUGUGCCGAUGUUGACAGCUCAAAAAUGACUGGUGAUAACUGUACUCAGAGGAGCUACUCAAAUGAGAAUGCCUGCCUAAUAAAUAUUAGGGAUCAUUCUACAGAUAGUGGAGCCGUAGACAGUCGGUUCACAAGGGCAUGGGUUGAUACAGAUACAAUCUUCAUUGAUGGUGUCAAGGAUCCUCUAGCCAUUGAGAGGUGGCAACAACAGGCAAUGGAAGCAGAUAAAGAAUUCUACAGUCGGAUACGUAUACCUGAUGAAGAAGACUCAAGUAGCCAAAAGCAGACAUGUAGGAGUUCUGCCUCACAGGUUGCAGAAAGCAAACCUGCAUCAGAUGGGCAAUCACGAGGUGUAGAACAUUUAAGGCAGGGUCUUAUAAAUUUCAUAUCCACAGUACUGAUGCCACUAUACAGAAACAAAAAGGUUGACAGGGAGGGGUACAAGGGAAUAAUGCGGAAAGCUGUCACCAAGAUCAUUGAGACAUGCACAGAAGGAGAGAAGAUGAUGACUGUUCAUGAGUUUCUUGAUUCGAAAAGGAAAAAUAAGAUUCAAACUUUCGUGGAUAAGUUGGUUGAGAGGCAUUGCCAUAUGAAUCGGCCUCCCAAUUCAUAACCUGCAUAAGCUUAUCUGGGAAGCUGUUACAUGUGGAGGGAGCAAAUUGCAUUCAUCAGAGCAAGCUGUCCUUCAUCAGGCAUCGACUCCAUAUGAGCUAAAGUUCGGUUCUAAAGCAGGCAUCAUUGGCCCUGCAGUCAAAAUCACCUAUGAAGGGGACUGCCCGGGACAUCAUUGAUCAGAUCAGCACAUUCGUUUUUGUGAUCGUUGCCAUCAUCAUAGCAGCGGUUAAUGGUCUUUCUGGGACAAUCGAAUGUGUAAACUUCUGUGCAUCGACUGGCAUGUUGUGCUUGCAGUUGGCUUGGGUGCCAAAUUGAGCUAUAUGGCUUGACUGAAGUGCCAUAUGAAGAUAUGGGAUUCAGCAUGGUUUCAUUUGCAAUGGACACCCAUAUACCUUACAGGACAUUAGUUUAGUUCAUGUGUUACAAUGUUAGUGGAUUAAACCAGUUCAUUGUUCAGAGAUAACAUCAAAGUAGAUCCAGUCUUGUUUGCUCUUUAAUGUAUAGUUCUUGUUGUUUCUAGCAAGUAGCAACCAUCUAACUUAAAGUCGGCGUCAUUUAAAAGAUGCAGCAGUUUAACAGGGAGGGUUGUGUAGCGUUUGUAUAUCCUUUGGCCUUGUCUGCUUAAAGGUGAACUCCUCUAUUGACUGCUGAGAGCAAAGUGAUCGCAAAUGAGAGUUAAGCUUCACCUACAAAGUUGUCUAUUCUACCCUAAUUUCACAUAUUUGUUUGUUCCAAUGCAAAUGUAUGGCUAUUUGCUCUGGCUUCGAGCAUGUUCAGGCCUGACUUUUUACACGGCCUUGAAGACAGCAAUACAGUUUCUUACAUUACAGCAGUA